AUGUCUUUUAAAAUAACACAUAACAUCAACACUCCCCACGCUCCCCGCAGGAGGUUCAAAUCUAAUCCAACACUAAGUCAUCUAGCGAGUCUCGAACAGAAGUAUGAACGCAUGCUGCUGGAUGUGGGCCCGGGCCCACUACUACUGUACCUACAUCGACGAUACUCACAUGAUCCGUUUACAAAAGAAAUACUCCACAGAAAUAUAUACAGAUAUAAUGAACAGAUCGUCCGCCGACACACAGACCGGACGCCGGCCGGCCGCUUACUGUUAGUUACUACUGGUACAUCAUUGAUCAUUGGAUACAUGCCGUCUGUCAGCCGGCCUCGUGUGGAGGGGGGAGACAGUUAG